AUGGAUGAUUUGUGGAAUCAAGCAUGGGAUUCUUUGAUUCAAGAGGUGCAGAGGGAGGCCGACGAGGAGGCGGCGGCGAUCCCUCGUGAGAUUCGUCAUCGUCGGACAAUCCCACGAGACCAUGUCGGAGCGGCUGAGCGGCUUAUGGCCGACUACUUUAGUGAUCAGCCUCGUUACCCGGCUGAAAUUUUUCGUCGCCGUUUCAGAAUGUCGCGACCGCUAUUCACCCAUAUAGCGACGACAUUGGCGGACCGGUUCGAGUGCUUCACGCUCCGGAGGGAUUGCACUGGCCGGAUCGGUCUGUCUACUUUGCAGAAAUGCACCUCUGCAAUUAGGCAGCUUGCCUAUGCCGGACCGGCUGAUAUGUUCGACGAAUACCUACAGAUGGGUGAGACGACUAGUCUAACUGUGCUCCGGCAAUUUUGUAAGGGCAUUCGGCAAGUCUUUGGUCCGGAGUUCCUACGAAAGCCAACCCCCGAUGAGUGCCAGAGACUGCUAGAUAUGCACGGUGCGGUGCACAGCUUUCCCCGGGAUGAUGGGCAGCAUUGA